CCGAGCCAGCUCGAAGGUUAGGUUGUCACUGAGCGAGCUGUAGUGUUGUAAAUAUGAGGUAGUCGUUUUUAUUUAUAGAAACAGAUUCAUUAUGGAUUCAGAGCUCCGUACCCGCGAGGUGUUAUUGCCAUGAGGGGUGUAGUAUGAGCAACCCAUGUGAUAUAUAUGUGAUCCACCUUGUUUAUUGUUCCAGCACCGCGUUAUACAGGGUGACUGUCUGAGGCUGACUUGCAGGGGCUUUCUGACAAGUGUCCAGCGUAACAGCAUGCCCUAUUCAUCGAGGUCACUUGCCCACUCGUAUCUUAUCAUGUAUAUGGCACUGUCAAGGUUUGGAUCAUCUACUGGAAUACUUGACUCUGAGUCUUGGAUUUAUUGAACUUUUGUCAACCAUAUCUCACCACAUCAUCAUGACAUCAAAUCCCUGGGUGCAAGAGAAAAGUAGCUCCACUUAUUGGGAAGAGCGGAUAUUUUACAUAUUAAUCCAAGAGAGCAGUUUGGUUGACAAACAAACCCAAAAACAGAUCAAGAUUCCCAGAGGAAGCAUUGGUCAAUAUGUCCAAGAGCGUUCUGCACUGGCACACAGCAGGGGCAUCCCUUCCUCUAAGAGUAAAAAGUUACAGAUUGCAUUAAAGAUACUGGAACAACCGCAUGCUCUCCUCUUUGUAGAAGAGAAAGAAGUUAUUGAAAUAACAGAGAAGUUGGCUGAAGUUCUUUUGGCUGUUACCAACUGCGAGGAGAGAUAUAGCCUGUUCAAGAACAAAGUCAGACUUUCAAAAGCACUUCAGAUUGAGCCUGGUUCAGCUGUGAGGGUAUAUCUUAGGCCUGGAGAGGGACCUUUCCCAGGAGUUGUUCGUUAUAGGGGACCACUGCUUCCUGAACGUUCGGUCACUGGCAUAUGGUUUGGGGUGGAGUUACUGGAAGAUGGCCGGGGUCAAGGAUUUACAGAUGGCUCUUAUCAAGGGAAACAUCUUUUCCGCUGUGAUGACGAGUGUGGAGUGUUUGUGGCUCUGGACAAGUUGGAGUUGUGUGAGGAAGAUGAUGAAGAAGUGGAGUGUGACUAUGCAUCCCCUGUGGACUCCAGCCAGUCAGAAAUCCCUCCAUUGGAAAUAAACUCCAGAGUAUCUUUGAAAAUUGGGGAAGGCAUGGAGUUUGGAACAGUUAUAUUUUGUGACGUCCUUCCAGGAAAAGAAAGUCUUGGCUACUUUGUUGGUGUAGAUAUGGAUAAUCCUAUAGGAAACUGGGACGGGAGAUAUAAUGGAAUUCAGCUGUGUAGUUUUGCUAGUGUGGAGAGCACUCUUCUCCUGCACAUCAAUGAUAUUAUACCAGAACCUGUAACCCAAGAACGGAGGCCUCUAAAACUUGCUUUUACUUCAAGGUGUGGCAGUGAAAAAAGCUUGUCAAAUCACAGCAAACCAAAGGUCACAGCAGGAUCUACCUCUGAUUCAGGAAGCAGGAACCGUUCAGAAUUUUUUUAUACUUUAAAUGGCAGCUCGGGUGAAACACCACACCAGCAGAAAACAAAGAACACUUGGUACAUUGAAGAAGGGUCUCGUGAUCGAUCACCCCGAGGAACUUCUGGCAUUCAGGAAAGUAGCCGCUGUGAUAUUGUUGAAGAUUCUGCAAAAUCACUGACAGAGACUUCCCCAGCAGCUUACGGACAUUGCUCUCCACCUCUACAACCUCCUACAAGCAGUUGCUCCCCGAGUGAAAACAGAUUCCACUCCCUACCGUUCAGCCUCUCUAAGAUGUCCAGCACUAAUGGCACUAUGGGACACACACCCCUCUCCUUAUCAGUGCAGUCAGUCAUCGGAGAGCUAAACAAUGUAUCCCUCCAGGACAGCCCACCUGGACUUCCCCACAUAUCCAAUCUGCAUGGCCUCGAGGUGGGAUCGCUUGCUGAAGUAAAAGAAAAUCCUCCUUUUUAUGGGGUGAUCCGUUGGAUUGGUCAGCCUGCAGGAGUCAACGAGAUGUUGGCUGGACUAGAACUGGAGGAUGAGUGUGCAGGAUGCACAGACGGCACUUUUAAAGGAUCAAGACAUUUCACAUGUGCCCCAAAGAAAGCACUUUUUGUAAAGUUGAAGAGUUGCCGGCCAGACUCCAGAUUUGCAUCUCUUCAGCCUGUAUCUAACCAGAUUGAGCGAUGCAACUCUCUAGCCUUCGGAGGAUAUUUGAGUGAAGUAGUAGAAGGGAAUACCCCUCCAAGAAGUGAAAAAGAAGGACUUGAAGUCAUGAUAGGGAAGAAGAAGGGCAUUCAGGGACACUACAACUCCUGCUAUCUUGAUUCAACAUUAUUCUGCCUAUUUUCCUUCAGCUCUGUCCUGGACUCUGUCCUGUUAAGGCCGAAAGAGAAAACUGAUGUAGAAUAUUACAGUGAAACGCAAGCACUACUAAGGACGGAGAUUGUGAAUCCUCUUAGAAUAUAUGGAUAUGUCUGCGCUACCAAAAUUAUGAAAUUGCGAAAAAUUCUGGAAAAAGUAGAGGCUGCGUCAGGAUUCACUUCAGAGGAAAAAGACCCAGAAGAAUUUCUGAACAUAUUAUUCCAUCACAUAUUACGAGUGGAUCCUCUGUUAAAAAUAAGAUCAGCUGGCCAGAAAGUGCAAGAUUGCUAUUUCUAUCAGAUCUUCAUGGAUAAAAAUGAAAAUGUUGGGGUCCCGACCAUCCAGCAACUCCUCGAGUGGUCAUUUAUCAACAGUAGCUUAAAGUUUGCUGAGGCUCCAUCUUGUUUAAUAAUCCAGAUGCCUCGAUUUGGGAAAGACUUCAAAAUGUUUAACAAGAUAUUUCCUUCUUUGGAUCUGAACAUUACAGAUUUGCUUGAAGACACUCCCCGGCAGUGCCGGAUCUGUGGAGGACUAGCAAUGUAUGAAUGCAGAGAAUGCUACGAUGACAGUGAUAUUUCUGCAGGAAAAAUCAAACAGUUUUGUAAAACUUGUAACACGCAGGUACACCUUCACCCGAAGAGGCAGCAUCAUAAGUUCAACCCGGUUUCCCUUCCCAAAGAACUUCCGGAUUGGGACUGGAGGCAUGGUUGCAUACCUUACCAAAAGAUGGACUUGUUUGCCGUCCUCUGUAUUGAAACUAGUCAUUAUGUGGCAUUUGUCAAGUAUGGCCGGGACGAUUCUUCUUGGGUUUUCUUUGAUAGCAUGGCAGACCGGGAUGGUGGCCAGAACGGGUUUAACAUUCCACAAGUUACCCCGUGUCCUGAGGUUGGGGAAUAUCUUAGAAUGUCCCUGGAGGAACUUCAUGCCUUAGACUCUCGGAACAUUCAGGGCUGUGCUCGAAGGCUUUUGUGUGAUGCAUACAUGUGCAUGUACCAGAGUCCCACAAUGAGCUUAUACAAGUGAACAUUUUUCACACAAUAAAAUGGUUAUUUCACAACUACUAUCAGUGUGGCAGACUGAACCUAUCCAUUUCACACUCUAAAAUUGUUCUGUUAUCUCUACAUCUGUUUGCUGCCAGUCUUCUGUGACAAAAAAAAUAAAAUAACAAACUUCACAUAAUUCAGUUGAAAAAUAAGUCAAUUCCAGAAGGAAAGAAAUAUGUUGUUUUUACUUUU